AUGGACGAGGCCUUGCUGGGUCGACCGGGCCCCAUGGCUCCGACGGCGUACGGCAUCGGGAUCAGAGGGUACUUGGAUGGACACAACAUGGCGACCAGGGUGCAGCCACAGCCACCGCCAGGAGCGACCUCCGACCGCUGGACCUCCGCCGACAAGAAGGAGAAGCUCGACUCCAAGGAUCCGACCGGCGCCGCGUACGACACUGGCGCGGCUGCUGCCGGCUCUGGUGGCGGCGCCAUGCUGUGGGACCGCACGCUGAGCGAGCUCAAGCUCGAGUACAUGGACCUGGACGAGUUCCUCAGCGAAAACGGCGUGGCCGGCAAGGGCGGCGCCGCGCUGUCACCGCGCCACAAUCCAUUCCGGCAGUCGACGGGCUCUCUGGUGGACCCGCAUCGGCUCGCCCAGGAUCCCGGAGGCCUGCAGCAGCAGUCCGAUGAGCCGGCCCUGGCAGGACCACCAUCCAACGGAGAGCCAGGGUGCACGCAGCAGAGGCUCGCCCACAACGCCUCUGCCAUUCUCUAUCCCGGCCUCGACGCAGCGGAAGGCGCCUGCUACUCCAUGCAGUCGCUGGCCGAGCACUUCCGAGGCGACGAGGCGACGGCCAGGAGGCCCGCGUGCGACGCCAUGGCGACUGGGCGGCGGUCGGGCUCGCCCACCGCCACCGUGGUGCCGAUCGACUGCGGCUUCACCAAGACCGACCUGGCGCUGGCCAACCUGCCUGGCCACGACGACUUCGACCCGAGCCACCACCCGUUCUCCGAGGACGAGCUGAAGCCGCAGCCCAUCGUCAAGAAGUCACGCAAGCAGUUCGUGCCCAACGAGUUGAAGGACGACAAGUACUGGGCGCGCCGCCAGAAGAACAACAUCGCGGCCAAGCGGUCGCGCGAGGUUCGCCGUGUCAAGGAGAACCAGAUCGUACUGAGGGCCUCGUACCUCGAGAAGGAGAACAUCGCGCUGCGCGAGGAGGUGCACAAGCUGCAGCAGGAGAACGACAUGCUUAGGAAACGCCUGCACGAGUACGAGCCCUGACUGCUGGCGCUGCCGGCCGCUCGGACCCACCAGCCGCUGCCGUGGGCUCAGCGCGGCGGCGGUGGCGUCACCGCGGCUGCGUGGGACCAGUGGCAGCAGCCGCCUACGGCGCUGCUGCCUGCCUACGGAUCUCAGCUGUCACCGGCGGCACCUUCGGGGGGCCGG